AUGAGUGGUUUGGUCCAAGGGAUGUCCGUUUCGGCAUCGGUCUUCACCCUCGUGGCGAUCGCCAUGGACAGAUUCCACUGCAUCAUCCUUCCCUUCCGAGAGAGGCUCAGUCUCCCAAAGGCCAUGAUAGUUAUCAUUGCAGUGUGGCUCUUGGCCAUUGCCAUCAUGUGUCCUUCAGCCUUCAUGCUCACCGUCACCCACAUAGAAGACCACUUCAUGGUGCUGAGCGAUGACAAGAACAGCACCUUCCCACUCUAUGCCUGCUAUGAAGCCUGGUCGGAUGAGAGCAUGAGGAAGCUCUACACCACCAUCCUCUUCAUCCACAUUUACCUGGUGCCCUUGAUGCUGAUCAUUCUCAUGUAUGGAAGGGUCUGCUUAAAGCUCUGUGGCUCCACCACCAACCCGCUCUGUACUGCCCGAGUCAACGGCAAAAAGAGAAUCAAGGCCGUCAAGAUGUUCAUUUUGGUCGCCCUCCUCUUCAUGAUCUCCUGGUUGCCCUUGUGGACAUUGAUGCUCAUGGUGGACUACACGGACCUGGCUGAGGAACAUCUGGACUUGCUAAGUGGCUACUUCUUCCCUUUUGCCCACUGGCUGGCCUUCUCCAACAGCAGCAUCAACCCAGUCAUCUAUGGCUACUACAAUGAGAACUUUAGGAGAGGCUUCCAAGCAGCCUUCAAGCUUCAGCUUUGCUCCCAAGAUGGGAAGCAACAAGGGGCUAGUUCUGAGAAAUCCCAGGGGCCCAUCAGCUUUGGGGCAGGCAACAAAGUCUGUGUCCAGGCAACCUAUUCCAACUCAUUGUCCUCCCAGUAUACAAGGAACACUACCCCACUCUUAUCUGGAGGUGUCCAACCCAACUGCCUUGGACUCGGUUUGGAGGAUAUUGACAAGAUCAUGACAUAUCAUGGACCGAGCCAAGCGUGGGAGAAGAUGGGCACCUAACUUAGAAUGAAUGGCAACAAAUGGUCUUGGUGGUGGAAGACCAUUCUCUAGGCCUUUUGCUGUAUCUACACUGUAGAAUGAAUGCAGUUUGACCCUACUUGAACUGCUAUGGCUCAAUGCCAUGGAAUGCUGGGAGUUCCAGUCUGAUAAGAUCUUUAGU